GUCCGGUCCGGUCCGGUCCGCGGCGGCCCAAUGGGAGGCGGGGAGCGGCUGGCAGCGCCCCGCCCAGACACACCCCUUCCCAGGGGCCCGGGAGCAUCUUAAUGAGCAUCGAGCCCAGCCUGGCCUUGGCCCGGUGCGCCCGAGCCCUGCGUCCUGGGCAUUGGGUGUCCUGCACCGUGCACUGUGCACCAGGGGACCCCGACCCUGCGCCUCAUAGCCUCAGUUCUGAGCCCUGUCUCGCACGCUCUGGGCCCUGUGUUAGUUACCGAGGCGCUGGAGCAUUGGGCUUGCACUGUCCGCUAGGAGCCAUUCCCUGAGCGUCAUGCCCCCUCAGCUCUGAGCCCUGCCCUGUGUACCAGACGUGCUCUUGUAGGAAUCCAGCUCCGCGUACUCUGGUUCGUGCCCCAUCCACCCUCAGCUCUGAGCCAGGCGCCCCGGGUCCCAGGUUGCGUACCCUUGUUCUCUUACAUGUACCACAUCAGGGCAACUUGCGUGGUUGGCUAAUGCACAGGUUGGACACCGUUUAACCCCCCCACCCCCUUAACGUGCUGCAAGAUAUUAAGAGGAUGGCUGCAGGGGGUUGUAGGCCUAGCAGCAGAAGGGUCUCGGCUGUGUUGGAUCCCAGCUCUAUGUCCACUUCUUCUCGCAGAGCGAGCCAUGGCUGGAAGAGGAGGCAGAGGGAGGGGUCGGAGCCAGAUGACCUUCAACGUGGAAGCUGUGGGCAUUGGGAAAGGCGACUCGCUGCCCCCAUCCACCCUCCAGCCCUCACCGCUCUUCCCUCCCAUGGAGUACAAGGCAGUCCCUCUGCAGACGGGUGAGGAGGUGGAAUACAUGCUGGCACUGAAGCAAGAGCUGAGGGGAGCCAUGAAGAAUCUGCCAUAUUAUGUCAAGCCGGCCGCCCCCAAGAAAGAUGUUGAGCGCUACUCAGAUAAAUAUCAGAUGUCCGGCCCCAUUGAUAAUGCUAUUGAUUGGAACCCAGAUUGGCGGCGUUUACCGCGGGAGCUAAAGAUCCGAGUUCGAAAGCUCCGGAAGGAGAGAACCACCAUUCUGAUCCCCAAGCACAAACAGCGGCUCCCGGUGGACAAGGAGGAAGCCAUUAAGAAACUGGAGACCCUUGAGAAGAAGGAGGAGGAAGUGACGUCGGAGGAAGAAGGGGAGAAAGAGGAGGAGGAGGAGGGCAAGGAAGAGGAGGAAGAGGAGUAUGACGAGGAGGAACACGAAGAGGAGACGGAUUACAUCAUGUCCUACUUCGACAAUGGGGAGGAGUUUGGGGCCGACAGUGAUGACAACAUGGACGAGGCGAUAUACUGAGGGGAGCCGGGUUGCACGGAUACCAGACUGGCGCGGACGGUGCUCGGACGCCUGGGGCCGCGGAACCCAGCCGUCUGCCCGCAGCAGGGACGGGUGUGCCACGUGGGUGACGGCCGAUCCCUCAGGGAAGGGGGCGGCCGUGUCCGGGCUCGCUGGGGACACCCCCAUCCUUCCUCCAGCUCGGUCACCAUUUCUGUCGCCGCAGCGGGAGGCUUGGAUUCAGAUCAGCCGCUGAGGCGUGGCCCUUUGCUUCCUGCCUGGCCUCCACCCCUCUUUGAGUGGGCCAGAUGGGGGUGCUUCUGGGUUCUCAGCUUGGAACCCUCCAGAGGAAGAUCUCUCGCUUCACCCCUAGGUGGUGCUCUUGAUUCAUUUUCCCAGCAGCUGCUUGGAGGCGGAUGGAAAAUUCUGCCGGGAUGGAUAGAGAAUUGAACUACAGCUGACAUAACCAGCGUGACCGAGUGACAGAUAUCCUCUGCCUUCGGACACCCCACUCACCCACCCCCAGCUACCCCAGGGGGUCCCGCCUAGCUCAGCUGUGGGAGAAACUGACCAGAACAACACCAUCCUGGGACUGUAAUGUCCUGUGUUAAUCAGCGUCUGCCCCGGAGGAGGAGGUGAAACCAGCAUUGAAACCCAGCAGGGAGUGGUGAGCGGCUCCCACCCCCACCUCCCCGUCGUCCAGGCCGCUUCACUCCCACUUGCCUCCCCCUGCGACCUGGAACUGAUCUCCGGUCCAGCUGUUUGAUCUGGGCACACGGAGUGGGGGGGGGCGUCUAUUUCCGGGUUAGUCCAGGGUUUUAAUAGGAAACCUCAUUGCACCACAGGCGCGUAGGGCUACAAGUGGGAACAUGAAUGGGACUGUUCUGCAGACCCACGUCCCUUCCCAGUCCUGGGCCUGAUUCUCCAGGGCCUGAUCCCUCGUGCAGCCAGCCGCUUUGCACCACUGUGAAUGGCCUGGUGGGGUGCGAAGCGGGAGGUUGCACCAGCGUUUUGCACGGGGGUAAACAACCACACUAGAUGCAGGGCCACGAAGAAUCGGGUCUUUGGGGGGGUGGGGUUCACAGAGGAUUUUAAUCCCAUUUCAGACUCUGGGCAGUCACCUACUUCCCCGCCUUCCCUCGCCCCGAGGAGUCACCGGCUGACUUUGAGGGAUCCCGCCCCAAUCCUGGAGGUGCCCUAUAGAGGUUCCCCAUGUGGGGCUGGUGCCUUGACAUGCUCUUGAGGCUUGUCUCAGAAUGGGGUCCAUCCUGCUUCACAUCAGCCUAGCAGUGACUUGUAUCUCCCCAGUCUGCAAAGUUUUAAUAAAUGAGGGUGUUUUUACUGUCCCUUUAAAAUAUUUUAGAGCGGGUGGGUUAAUAAAGGAGGGAGCGUCUCCCUCCCCCACGAUGAUUUUAUGCUGCUCGGUGGUUGUAAUGUACUUUCCCCCGCCACAUCCUGCCUAGCUUAUAACCCCCAGGCCCUGCAGCCGCCCCCUUCCGGAACUGAGCCAGGCUGCAGGGGCGGGGUGUUUGGGGGAGGGGCAACUCCUUGGUUUGACCCCCCUGUUGAAAGAAACUGGUGAGUGCCCCCAAAAUGUAUUUGGAUGAGUUUUAAAGAAAGAUUCUGCACACAGAAUUGUGUGUCUGUGUGUGUGUGGUGUUUGUAUACGGGGUGUUUGUGCAUGUGUUGUGUUUUGUUGUGGUCUUCUCACAUGUGUGAAUUUGUUAUGUUUGUGUGUUGUGUGCUGCUUGUGCGUUUCUGCAUGUGGCGCUUUUGCACGUUUGUAAGGGUGGGUGUUUGUCUGUUGGGGGCGGGAGCUGGGAUGUGUAUGUCUGCGUAAAUUGUAUGUUGUGUGCUCCAUGGGUUUGUGUCUCUGGUAUGUGUGUGGGACGGGGGAUGUGCAUGGGUGUACGUGUGUCGUGCAUAUGUGGCACGGGGGAUGUGUGUGGAUGUGGACAUGUGUGUGAGUAGGCAUGGGGGAUGUGCAUGGAUGUGUUUGGUGUGUGCGUGUCUCUGGUGUGUGGCACGGGGGAUGUGCAUGUGGGCAUGGGGGAUGUGCAUGGGUAUGUGUGUGUGGUAUGGGGGAUGAGUGUGUAUGCGUGUGGUGCAUGUGGCACACGGGAUGUGCAUGUGGGCACGGGGGAUGUGCAUGGGUGUGUGUGUGGUACGGGGGAUGGGUGUGUAUGUGUAUGGUGUAUGCGUGUGGUGCGUGUGGCACGCGGGAUGUGCAUGUGUGCACGGGGGAUGUGCAGGGGUGUGCAUGCUGUGUGGCACGAGGAUGUGCAUGUGGGCACGGGGGAUGUGCAUGGGUGUGUGUGUGUGUGUAUGGUGUGUGCGUGUCCGUGGUGUGUGUGUGGCGCGGGGAUAUGUGUGGGUGAGUAUGGUGUGUGUGUGUGUCCGUGGUGCGUGUGUGGCACGAGGGAUGUGCGUCGGUGUGUAUGGUAUGUGCAUGGCUCUGGUGUGUGUGGCACGGGGAUGUGCAUGGGUGUGUAUGGUGUGUGUGUGUGUGUCUCUGGUGCAUGUGUGGCACGGGGAUGUGCGUGGGUGAGUAUGGUGCGUGGGCAUUCCAGUUUUAGACUGAAUCCCAGCAGACCAGCCAUUGUUCACCCUCGUUCCCUUCACUGCCCUCCCAGAUGACACUCCCUGUGCAUCUGAUUCCGCAGAGUGGGCUGGUGGUUUUCGGAUAGUCAUUCCUGAAGGACCCUGUAGCCCAUGGUCAAUGCCUCAAACACUGAAGCCCUCGCCAGGGAGCAUAUUGGCUGCUCCCCACCACACCUGCAGCACUCCUGCAACUGGGCCAGAGAAACUGGUUUUACUGGGAGCUUGGGGGCUGGGAUCAGGCAGUGGGAGGCGCCCAAAGCCCUGAGAUCCAAAUUCUCCUUUUGGAGCCAUCAAUGCAAGUCCAUGGAGUUGAAGCAAGCAGAAUUUGGAUCCCAGGGUUAAUUGGAGGGAAAGGGAUGGGUUUGGAACGGAAAUGACAUACAACGAAUGUACCUAGAUUGGAAGCUCUUUGGGGCAGGGCCUAUCUCUUUGUUCUGUGUUUGUCCAGCACCUGGCGCCAUGGGGACCUGAUCCAUGACUCCAGGGCUCAUAGGCACUAUGCAGUACAGAUAGUAGAAAUAACAGGGCCUAAUUCCGAGCUUACUUAUUCCGGCGUAAAUCAGGAGUCAGUGAAGCCACAUAUAGGUGUCAAUCCGGUGUGAGAUCAGGUGUCAAUCCGGUGUGAGAUCAGAAUCUAAAUCUUGAAGAAAACAGAGUCACACAAGAGACUAAACUCUCGCCAAGUGUGAGCUGAAGCCCUGAAGUCAACUGAAAGGUUACCACUGAUUUCACUGGGCUUCAGAUCGGGCCCUGGAACAGCAGAGCAGCCAGAGAUAGGAGGAAAUCAUUUUGAUUUCUCUCUGCGAAGCUGUCGUUGAGAAAUUCGAAAGCAGGGCUGCUCCUUUGCGUUCUGAGCAGAGCUGUGUCAGAGAGAGAGAGAGAGAGAAAGUGUGUGUGUGUGUGUGUGUGUGUGUUUGUGUAUGUUUAAAGAAGCAGCCUUUGUUGUCCGUACUCGGCCGGUAGGUGGCAUCAAAGUUUGGUCGACUUGUUGCAGCUUUUUAACCUUGUCUCUUUUUAAACACGUUGGUUGGAAUAAAAGGAUUUGUCUGUUGCUA